AUGAAGAAGCUCUACGAGUGUCUGUGGAUCUCUUUGGGGUUUUUAUCCAUUCAAGAAACAGCCAAUGGAACAGACGAGAACGCCGCCUUUUGGCGCAACACAAGCCAGUCGUCCACCUGGGAUUCGCUCUGGUCUUCUAGCAAUGCUGUUGAUGGGUCACGUACCACAUGUUCACACACGAUCUCGCAGACCGAGCCGUGGUGGAGAGUGGAUCUACUGAAUGAAUACCAAGUGAAAAGUGUGGCCAUCACUAACAGAGAUAACUGCUGUCCAGAACAAAUAAACGGAGCUGAGAUUCGCAUCGGGAACUCUUUGGAGAACAACGGCAACAACAACCCCAUAUGUUCUGUUAUUGCUGCUAUUCCAGCAGGUCAGUCCUACAGCUUCUCAUGUAACGGGUUGGAGGGACGUUACGUGAAUCUGAUCAUUCCUGGAGACAUGAAGAUACUCACUCUGUGUGAGGUGGAGGUUUUCGGAAAAGGUCCCGUUUUAAAAAGAUCAAUCGUAAGAAUGAUGUUUAACUCCAGAGAGGAUUUGACUGACCCAAAAAUGAAAGAAAACUUAAUUAUGCGGCUGGGAUCCGCUCUGGCUGACAGAGGACUCACGAACGUGACUCUGAGUUGGAUUCAAAGCCCCAAACAGGUGAUUCAGAAGGUGAACGCUCCUAAACGUUGCAUUAAAGUGCUGUGAUGUACUGGAAAGAUCAACGUUGCUUCAUAAUUACUUAUUUAUAAAGGAUUUAUAAAGGUUGUGUAUCACUGAGCACAGGAUAUUCUCUAUAUAUGCUCCAGAACGGAUGACAUCGUGGAGGAUAAUUCUUCAACUAAGAAUGUUUUUAAUUGAUUAGUUUUCUAUUGAUUUGUGUGAUUUAUCUUUUGUUGAAUUUAUUGUUUGCCGUUUUAGCAUUGUUGUGUUUUUAAGUAAGCUUUUAUGCACAGAAAGUAAUUUUUAAAGGCUCUAUAUAAAAUGAAUGGAUUAUUUUUAUUUGUGUUUAUUUAAUGAAAUAUGAGUGACCUCUGCUGGCCAUAUGUUUAACUUUGAGAGCACUCCCUUCCUGUGUAAUGAACUUCUCAUGCGGAGAUACGACGACGGUGGAAGACUUUCAAAACUAAUUGCAAAAGCCCUUAUUAAAUGAAGACAUAAAUAGAUCAGGACCGCACAAUUAAUCGAUUUCAUAAAUCACAAUUACAGA